AUGUGGAAGUAUGUAAGUGAUAAAAGCACAAAAAAACACAAUACAUGUAUUUUCAAUUUCAAACAUUACUUCUCUAUUUCGGCAGCUGUGCGAAGGCAAAUUCGAAAACCAGAGGUUGCAUUUCAAGCAUCUUUAACAAAAGAAUCGGCGACAUUUAAAUUGUACGAUACAAUAAUCUUCAACAACGUGCUCACAUAUAUUAACAGUGCAUACAACAAACAUACUGGCAUCUUCAUUGCGUCUGUAUCCGGAACUUACACCUUUAACACAAAUAUCGUGUCAGAGAAAAGACAUUAUGUCGAAGCUAGUAUUAAAGUGAAUGACAUGGUGACUGUUUCAGCAAUUAGUGAUCAUAGAAUCUCUCGAGAUGGCGGGUAUUUUACUACGUGGGACCAAGGAAAUGCAGUAGCUAUUUUACGGCUAAAAACAGGGAACAUAGUGUCAGUUUCUGUACAGUGGCCACAUGGAAGCCAUGUUAUACAUGGCUUUGGAAAAUCUAGUUUUUCUGGAUAUUUGUUGAGAUCACAUGAACGUCUUUGA